AUGGGGGUAUCUCAAAAUGUUCAAGCUUUUGUAAGGGUUCCGCAAGUAAUUUCAUUAUUGUCUUUUCGAUUUUUUAUAAAAAAUAUGAUUGAUUCCAAAGAUGAUCAAUUUAAUAAAUCUAGUAAUUGGAAAAAACGUCCCCGUCAAAUCCAGAAAAAAUGGAAUACUCUUGCUAUUUUUAAAGAUGAAAAAAUACUUUUAAUGAAGUUUGAUAACCUGGAAAUUGAAGAUAUUAAAUCAAAUAUUCAAACAAAUGUAUGUGAAUCUUAUAAAUAUUCUGUGGAUUCAAAUAAUAUUAAUUUUUCUGUGGACAUUUUUAAUACUUAUAAAAAAUCAUUCAAGAUUAAACAUAAUUUAAAAAGUGAAUAUUGGGAAUUAGCUGCUCAAGGGGAACAAGAAACGCCAUUGCAAAAAUAUUAUAGAUUAAAGUUUGAAACCGAGGACUUGUUACAAGAUUCUAUUUUUCAAAUAGUGGAUGAAAAUGAUCAUAAUAAAAAGCUAUGGGCUAAUAUUGGAUUUCUAAUACAAAACAUAUUAAACAAAUUGUCUGUAAAUAGUGUUGAUGGACAUUUUAAACUUUUAAAAAGUUAUAAAAUUACUAAAAUUUUUAAUUUACUAAACUUCAUUAUUACUAAUUAUUUUGAAAAACAUUUGUGUAAUAUUGACAAAAAACAAUUAAUUUUCAUCAAUAAUAUGUCUAAAGAUUUGAAUAUUAAAGUGACAUUAAAAGAUUUAAAACCUAGUACAUUAAAAACUGUACAAUUACAUCAAAUAUCUCAAUUAGAAGAUCGUAUACAAAAAUUAGAAAAAAUAAUUGGACCUGAAAAAUCAACUCUGAUGCGCUUAGCUAGUAAAAAUAACAGUGGAGAAUUAGUUGAAGCAGUUAGCAUGUUAAAGGAAUUGUCCAAACUUAUUUUACCUCAAAUUAAUGUAAUUGAAUCUAGAGCUUUUUACUUGCUACCAAAGUUAAAACAGAUAACUUCAAAAUUAGUUGAUAAAAGGUUAGAAGUAAAUAAAAAAACUAAUAAACUCUUUAAAACUAUUAUAAGAGCAAGAGAAGAAUCACAUUUGUUACCCCAUGUUAUACAAAGAAUGAACAUUUUAGAUACUUUUCGUCAUAAAGUUGAGACAUUUGCCAUAACAGUGAACAAUCUUAGUACUGAAUAUUCAGAAACUUCUAAGACUCUCAAGAAAAAUGAAUUAUUAAUUAAUAAUAUUGAAAUACAUAUACCUAAACAUUUAACAAGCGUAGUUUCCAGUUUGCAAUCUUUAGAUACUCAAAUAAAAGUAUUUGCUGAUCAAUUGAAAAAU